AUGGGCCACAAGGACGGCGCAUCGCUAGCCCUAAACGAGCUACGAAAGGAAUCGCAAGAUCUCUACAACCGAAUCCAUUCCAUUGCAGAGGACGCCGCUUUCGUAGACCAAGUCUAUCGAUCUUACUCCAGACUUCCCCUCAUCCCCAACAUGCGAUGCGGAGCAUGGUACACAGACCCUGACACCGCAUCAAACGAACGCGCAUAUUUCAAGUCCACCGACGGACACACCGGAAAUUGGAGCUUCAAUCUUCGAAGGCCAAAUCUACACAUAUUACCUUUGAUUUGUGCGCACGCAGGACUGCUCUUGGUGGAUUCUACGAGAGCAGGGAAACGCAUGCCAGACGCACUUUCUAAGACCGUUCCAAUCUGGUGUGCAGUAAUAAAUCGAGUUGUCCUUAAAACCACUUCGAACUUAAACGUGGACACGGAUGCUUGGAACACGAAAUUGUACACUCCACCUGGGGUGGUCAGCGCACAGGAACAUGAUCAGAUAGAACAAAAGUUAGAUGGGUGGGCAGAUGAUCUUGCUACUUCGUUCUACGUACUCCCGAAACUGCAAUACCCCCUCCGCCCGAUUUGGAUAACGCCCAGCACCACUAUAUUCCCAAAAUUUCCUGAUACCGAUGCUGAACGGCGAUUCUACCCUAUCAUCUGCAUAUCUGCUUCGAAGCAGGUUUUGGACGGUAUAGAGAGACGUAUCACAGGUUUUGCGUAUAUCCAGGGAUCGGGUGAUGAUCACGAGCUGUGGAGUAUGGGCCUUACCCCUGCUCAAUUCUGGAAACACAAACAGACCCUCCUCCGCGCAAACCGUAAUGAACUACCAACCCUCGUUCAAGCCCUCAUAUCCUCCCCAAAUACACUCCCCACACGCAUCGAUUCACAUUCUAACGCAUCGUUUUAUCCCAUACCCAUUCAACACGUUCACGGUAGACUCUCAAUAUGCACCACUCACGACCUUUCCUCCCCUCUCGGGGACGAGUCUGCAGUGGUCUAUCUAACCAGCGCAGAUCACGCACCACCCGCUCUCAAAGACCAUCCAUGCGUCCUAUACAUCCAAACGCCUCAAGGCAAAAAAGGCCAGCAUCACUUCCUACACACCGUCCUCCCACAAGUGAUGCCCUUUAUCUUUCUCCACCUCCAGAAUACGCGCCGCGUCUGCAUUGCCUGCGAAACAGGCACUGACACGAGUAUCGGCGUCGCCAUAGCAACUCUCACAAAGUUCUUCGACGAUUCAGGCGAAUUUUGCGGCGAGUUUGAGUACGAACGGGAGGGUGUCCUUUCCAAAGACGACAUCAAAACCCGUUUGCACUGGAUAAUAACAAGUUGUCCACAAGCCAACCCUUCGCGCACCACUCUCAAACGCGUCAACGAAUUCCUCCUCUCGCCCCCCGAAUUUCUCCCCCCACAUCAAAAAUCUCUUUACCCAUCCGCCGUGCCAAACCCAUCGUCCAAUGAGUCAUAA